AUGGAUUCUCAUAUAAGUUACUUUUUCCAAAUAUGGGAAGGUGAACUUAAGGGUGAUCAAAUUCCAGAUGACAAGGAAGAUGAAAUUGAUGACCCUUGUGUGCAGGGUCGGUUUCGUUGUUGCCAUGGUUUGGUCGAUAUCCAGCAACCUGAUUCCAUCAAGCUGGCUGCUGUACUAUUGGAGCAACAACUGUUCCUGCAACAAUCCUCCUCUCACACCCCGUCUGGGCAGGAAAUCCCCGAAUGGGUCAGGGACGAAUGUAGGUGUGAAAUCGUCAAGUUUACCGAGGCUUUGCUGAGAGAUGAACUCAACAUGAACCGAACCAAGUUCCUGAUUGUUGUCAAGUUUGGAGCAUUUAUGAGAAAUAACGAUGAUGAUUGUGAGAAGGAGGAGGAGAAGGAGGAUAAAGACGGAGCGUUUUGGACAACGACAUAUAAUGAUGAUUAUAGUGAGAUCGAGGAGGAGGAUAUGGAUGGUGAGACAUUAAUGGAAGCUGACGAUCAAAUUGGGUUUAUCCCAGCGAGUAAGUCAAGCAUUGAAGCCUUGCAGAAGGUUUCUGGUUUGGGCAACAACAGUGAAUGUAUGAUUUGCCUUGGAAAGAUAAAAGGGGAGGAAUCAGCUAAUCGCAUGCCGUGCGGUCAUGUGUAUCAUGGAGACUGCAUUGUAGAAUGGCUGGAGAAGAGUCAUUUGUGUCCAUUGUGUCGCUAUGCCAUGCCAAUUGAUGAAUGUAUUAAUUUUCAUAUUGAAGACAGAUCUGAGACGCCGGAUGAGUGGAUACCCGGGUCCCGGAGCCUCGCUGGUUCGGAGCUUAAGUCUCGAACUGUGAUAAGUGGUAUCAGAACCAGCCAUAAAUCGUUCGAUCCACGUCAAGCACCUCAAGGAAAGAGGGUCAUUGGGGUUGAUAUGAGACAUCGGAUCAAUAAAUGUCCGAGUGCUGGAGCCGCAUGA